CUUAAAAGAAGCCAGAUGCAAAUGGAUGCAAAGGAGUCCAGAAAGAGCACGUGUAUAGACCGGGAAAUAGUUUUUCUUUUCGUUCUCUGAAUUGUAGAAUACAAAGUGUCUUCGUUAUCCAUUAUCUAAAAAAACAAAAAAAUUGUGUUGCUCGUAUUCAUCUUUAUAAUUCACGAUAGAAUAUUUAAACAUGGAAAAGCAAGACGAGCCAGAGAAGAAAAAUGUCGACGAUGAUCACUCGAAUAACGACGCUACCCCCGAGGUUGCCGAUGACCACGCGAACGACGACGCUGCCGCUAAGGUCGCCGAUGAUCACGGGAACGACGACGCUGCCGCCGAGGUCUGCGCCGAUCACUUGAACGGCGAUACCGUCGCCGAGGUUAAUGACGAUGCGUCGAUUCUUGAUGCGGAACAAAUACAACGGACAGAAGAAGUGGAAAAAGCAAACGGAAAAGAUCCCACAGAAGAAGAACCAUCCGAGGAUCUUUUGGCGAAGAUUAAGGCACAAGUAGAGGAUCCUUUUGAUAAGGAUGAUGAGGAAGCAGAUGCAAUUUACGAAGCUAUCGAUAAAAGAAUGGAUGAAAAACGUAAGGAAUAUCGAGAGAAACGCCUCAGAGAAGAAUUGGAGCGCUAUCUUCAAAAAGAGCGCUAACGUCCCAAGAUUCAACAACAGUUCUCAGACUUGAAAAGGGAGUUGGUCAAUGUGACUGAGGACGAGUGGAAGAAUGUUCCCGAAGUGGGAGAUGCUAGAAAUCGUAAACAGCGUAAGAACAGAAAUUCACUCCGUUGUUGGAUUCCGUUCUGGCAAGAAAUUUAUGGGGCGAGACGUUCACCAGCAUUGAUCCAUCUUUGGCUUCCACGAUGCCAGGUGUGGCGACCCGAAAUGUUAACUCCUACGGGAGAUCUCGAUCUCAGGAAGAUUGAACAGGCCAGAAACACAUUAAUGAACAUCAAGCUGAAUCAGGUUUCUGACUCUGUAGAAAGCCAAAUUGUGGUUGAUCCAAAAGGAUAUCUCACACAGCAUGAUACCUAUCUAUGGUGGUGACAUAAAGUAAGGAUUAUUAUACAAAUUUAACUACAAUGAGGUUCUCCAGUUUCUUUUCACUUAAUCUAAAGACUUGAUUAAAUUUUGAGAAUAAUAUUAUGAUUGAUAUAUAGACAUUAAUUUUUUUUUAAUUUUUCUAUAACUUUUAAAAAAUUUUUUUAAAUAACAG